CUCGUUUCACCACAUCACCAACAACCAUGAGCUCCUCACGAGCGCAGCCACCGCCCGGCGUCGACCCCACCAAGUUCGCCCAGCGCGCCAUUGGCCGUACCCCAGAGGAACAUGCGGCACUGGAGAGGGUCCUGGCCGCGCGCCGACGGCGCCGCGGGGACGGAAACGGUGCCAGGGCGAGAAGCCGCUCGCCCGAGCCGGGUCCGAGCCGGGAACGUGCAGACCUGGCACAGCAGCGCCGGGACCUAGAAAGACGGGAGAGGUUGCUGGCACAGCAGCGGGAGGAUCUGAGGAUUCGGCGCCUUGAGCAGGAGCAUGAGCUGAGGCAGCGCAGAGUCAGACAGGAACAGCAGCUUGCCGAGCAGGAGCGCCGGAUUGCGGCCCAGGCCCAUGCACAGGCACAGGCACAGGCUCAACAGGUUGCUGACGACGGUCUGUCUGAAGACGAUGCUGAGAGACAGCAUCUUCUAUCCUUGUCCGUCGCACAGCGUCGCACCGCGCUGCUGACCCCCUUCGGGUUCACUGGCACCAGGCGCCGGGCCAAGGGGAAGAGCAAGGGCUCGGGCUGGCAUAAGCGUGGAUAUCGGGACUCGGGCGGAUACAUGUGGAUCAACGUCAAAAUUGGCGAGGAGAACACCCAAGGGCAGGAUGUUUGGGAAGGCGAGACUCUUGCCGGGUUUGUGAGCCACGUGUCAAGUAUGCGAGAAGAUUCCGACUACGGUUUCCAGGCGCGAAAUGGUACUAUGGACUGGGACCUGCUCUUCCGGAAGAAAUCUCUUCGUAAGCUCCUCGUGAGCCUCGAAGAAGCUGGGCUGGAAGACAGUGAUGUCCUCGUUCGUGAUUUAUUCGACGGUGGAGAAACAGUUUAUUAUCGACUCUAUAAUGGUGACGGAGACUAUGUGAAGCAUGUAUGGUAAGCGGG